AUGGAAUCACCUGUCGCGCGCUUGUCCGGGGCUGGCAGUUCAUACGCGUCGGCGAAGCUCAUCGAUCUCCUGAAAAAGAAACCAAGUGCGACGAAGAUCCAGCGUAUCGACAUGCUGAUGAGCUCGCGAGUUACGAGAAUUGAGUCAUAUGACGUGGUGAUCGGGUCCGUGGAUGGCAGUUACGAAAUGGAAGUACGUGUGACAAAAGUCAACAAGGGUGAACUGUUGAGGAUUGAUAACCCAAGAUAUGAACAGUUGAUACGAAAGCAUCAGCACCUGAAACAAGUCGAGAUCGCAGACCAUGAUUCGAAACAGCAACUCCCGAUUCACAUGAUAUUGGGAAGUGGAGAAUACGCUCGAAUUAAAACCAGAACUGUACCACUUGUCGGUGAGGACGGUGACCCAGCAGCUGAAUUGAUCAAACUUGGGUGGUUCGUGAUGAGCCCGGGGCAGUGGCGUAGCUAGAGGUCGUGCUGGUCGUGCUGGGCACGACUAAAAAAAUUUCAAAGAAAAUAAUUUUUUUGGUCAUAAAAAAUAUUCGUAAAAUUUAAAAAUCAACACUUGCGACAUCUUUUAUAAGUGCGAAAUCCUUUCAAAUCCGGCGAUUUUGCCCUGAUUUUAAGCUAAUUCGAGCCAAUUCGAGUAUACUAUAUAAUUACGUAGUAUCACCCAACCGCGGGUUUAAUAGCACGACUAACGGGUAACCCGCCCGUUAGUCGUGCUCUCGUCAGGCGAGCACGACUAAAUUAUAAAUUCCAACUCAUUCUAUUGGUUGGAUUGCCUCUCACGCAUGCGUAGCACGCGAAUUUUUUUUCUUCUUGUCGUGCUCAUCUUUGAAAGCACGACCAAAUUAAAUACUGUUGAAUUAUUCAGCAAUUUUGGCGAAAUUUAUUCAAGUUAUGAAUAUGGAAAUCGAUCAGACUCAACCGAGCAUAAGUCAUAACAUCAGAAGGCCGUAGUACCAGAGAUAUUAGAGACCUUACGAUUUUAGGACGGCAACCGCGACGGCGACGGCCAAAACAAACUCCUUCAAAUAUAUGGUAGUCGAUAGUUCGUCGUAUACUAGAAAAUACAUGCAUGCAGAAACCCUCGCCUUGCUGACAAAACCAUUGUAUUUUCCGAACAUGAAGUUCUAAAGUAGUUGUCAUGGUAACACGAUAAUUUUUUAAGAAUAUUCUUACAAAUGAAAAAUCGCCUAAAAAUCAGUGCUUCCAUUUUCAAGGAAAUUUCCUUUUCUAAGGAAAUUCUACUGUCGAAAAGGAAAAUCUAAGGAAGAGAAAAAAUCUAAGGAAAUCUAA